ACCCAGAAUGCACCACGCGCCACUCCGCGCUAGGCUUCUCUCUGCGCUCGGGGAGUGUUUCCCAUUUAAACAAACACAGCUAGCGCGGAAGAUGGCGGAGCGUUGAUUAGUGGCUUAAAGGGAACUGGUGUGUUUGAAGUGGACACAUAUUAACCCGUGGUGGCCUUGCUGAAGCCGUAGAUGCCCUCUGUGCCUGGGUCUUUUAUCAGAGCUUCCACAUUGUCACUCAGAGGAUGUGAGGUGGAACGGAGUGGAUGUCAUCAUUCUCCACUGCUGCAAAGGUGCUGAUAUGUGUUGAAGAUGAGUGGACCCGGGGAAAACCCUCUGGAGCCAUUGGGCUACGACCGGAAACGUAAACUUUCCACUUGUGACACACCAGGACUGGGGUGUGAUAAGCGACGGAGAGAACAGGAGUGUAAAUACAUCGAGGAGCUCGCUGAGCUGAUCUCAGCUAACCUCAGCGACAUCGAUAACUUCAACGUCAAACCGGACAAAUGCGCCAUCCUUAAAGAGACAGUACGCCAGAUACGGCAGAUUAAAGAGCAAGGAAAGGGUUCAUGUGGCGAUGAUGAUGUCCAAAAGGCAGACGUGUCCUCUACGGGUCAGGGGGUCAUCGACAAGGACCAUCUUGGCCCUCUGCUGUUGCAGGCGUUGGAUGGCUUCCUUUUUGUGGUGAACAGAGAGGGAAACAUCGUGUUUGUGUCCGACAACGUGACUCAGUAUCUGCAGUACAAGCAGGAGGAGCUGAUCAACACCAGUGUCUAUAACAUCUUGCAUCAGGAGGACCGUGAGGAGCUGCAGAAAAACCUGCCCAAAGCCACUGGAGGGAAUGGUGUUUCAUGGACUGGAGAUGCCUCUCGUCAGAAAAGCCACACCUUUAACUGUCGGAUGUUGGUGAAGUUCGGCCAUGGAGGCCCCGGAGUGGAGGAUGGAGCAGGAAGGCCACGUUACGAGACCAUGCAAUGUUUCGCGCUUACCCAGCCUAAAGCCAUGAUGGAGGAGGGCGAAGAUCUGCAGUCUUGUAUGAUCUGUGUGGCGCGGAGAGUGACUGCCGUGGAGCGCACAGAGAGAUUCAGCACCAGGCACGAGCUCUCAGGUAAGCUGAUCGAGAUCGAGCAACAAAGCUCCUUACACACCACUAUGCGUCCUGGCUGGGAGGAUCUGGUGCGCAGGUGUUUGCAGAUGUUCCUGCAUCACAGUGAAGGUCAGCCCUGGUCCUGCAAACGACACUACCAGGAGGCUUGCAUACGUGGUCGAGCAGAGACUCCACUGUACCACUUUUCCCUUUCUGACGGAACUCCAGUAACUGCGCAGACACGCAGCGAGCUAUGCCGAAACCCACAUACCAACGAACCUCACAGCUACCUCUCCACUCACCUACUGCAGAGGGAACAGAAUGGUUACAGGCCAAACCAGGGAGGUGUAAUGCGUUCCCAAGGAAUGGGUAAUUCCCAAAUGAACAUGACUCCAGGUGGGCAGAUGGGCAUGGGCAAUGCCAGAGGCUACGGCAUGAAUGACUCAGGGCAUAUGGGUCCCAGAGGAGGCCCCAUGUAUGGCCCUGGGAACAGAAUGAAUCAGAUGAACUCAAUGCACCAGAUGAAUCAAAUGAACCAGAUGAACCAAAUGAAUCAGAUGAACUCUAUGAAUCAGAUGAACCAGAUGAAUCAGAUGAACCAAAUGAAUCAGAUGAAUCAGAUGAAUCAAAUGGGUUCAAUGAAUCAGAUGAACCAGAUGAACCCCAUGAAUCAGAUGAAUCAGCUCAACCCUAUGAGUCAAAUGAACCAGAUGAAUCAGAUGGGGCAUCCCGGAAUGAAUCAGCAUCCACAGCACUUCCAUAGCGGAGGAUAUGGGCUGGGCAUGACAAGUCCAUCCCAUGGUAGCCCAGGUAUGAACCCAUCUCAGCAGAGCAUCAUGGGAUCUCCACGGAUACGAGGAAGCCCCAAGAUGGGAGCCAGCCCCUUCUCUCCAGGAGGUAUGCACUCUCCUAUGGGGCCUGUUGGAAUGACUGGUAGUAGUGGCUCCUCUGGUGGCAGCACUUUCUCAAGCAGCUCUCUCAAUGCCCUACAGGCCAUCAGUGAGGGAGUAGGCUCCUCCCUUCCCUCCACUCUCACCUCACCUUCUCACAAAUCAGACAGCUCUCCCAGCAUCAACUCCACUCAGCCUGGUCAACCAAACCAGUCUGGAGCCAGUAAAGGGCCUAAUACGGGUGAAACGAAGAGCCCUGGUAGUACUCCUAGUACAGGGACAGACCAGCAACAUGCGAACACAUCAGAAACUUCAACAGAUAAGCCAGAUAGUCAGUGUAACAAAGAUGGCCAGACUGGAGCUGAUGUGCAGCGGAAGGGUCCAGAAGGCAAGGGCCAUAAAAAGCUACUCCAGCUGCUUACAUCUCCACCAGAAGAGCUUGCCUUGGGAGCAGGAACUGGAGCGCCCCCUCCUGGACGUGCUUCCACUCCCAUUGGUGCUGACCCAAAAGAGGCUGGAGGUUGCAUGACGAGCCCAUCUUCCACAGGUGUAUCUUCAUCAUCAUCUGCUUCGUCAGGAGGCACCACAGCGCAGCACGGUUCAGGAUGCGUGUCAUCAACGGGGUGCAUGGGUGGCCAUCUCUCUUCUCAUUCUCUACAGGAGAAACACAAGAUCCUCCACAAGCUCCUGCAGAAUGGCAACACGCCAGACGAGGUGGCACGCAUCACAGCUGAGGCCACGGGGAAGGUCAGCCUUGGUUCAGAGCACCAGGGCUCAGAGGGCGUAGGAUUAGAGGUCAAGCAGGAGCAGCACAGUGAAAAGAAGCCAAACGCUCUGCUCCACUAUCUUCUGAACAAGGAUGAUACCAAGGAGACUGGCAUUGAGGGCAAACCAGGACUGGAUGAGCUGGAGGGUCGUGGUGUUGGGGCAGUAGGAGUCACAACUACCGACUCCAGCAGCCAGGAUAGCAAGGUCAAAAUUGAACCGCCUGAUGAGUUGCAAACCCUGGAGAGCAUUCUAGGAGGCUUGAAACCUGGUUCUGGGAUGUUUGCUGAUUCUGGAAGCACAGAUGGAGAAAAUAAGAAAGGGAAUGGACCCAACAGCGCUGCACAUGAUCGUGAGGGUGCAGGGAUGGGCCCCGGGCCUCGAGUGCCCUUCCAGAGAGCAAUGUCUGUGGACAGUAAACCAUUUAGUGGGGCAAGAGGAACGGGCAGGAGAAGUGCUCCCUCCUCUCUCAUUAAACAGGAGAGCUUGGACAGCCACAUAGGCAUGGGAGGUCCUAACAGGCAAAUGGGCAUGAACCAGAUGCCACCUAUGAUGGGACCAGGUGAUUGGCGGAUACCAGGCUCUGGGGGCAGUCCAGGGGGCUCUAACGGGCACCCUGGUAUGGGUUGUCCAGGGAUGGAUCCAAAUCCCAAAGGAAUGAUGGGAGGUCCCAUGAUCAACAGGUCAAACAGUGUGCCAACACCCAGAUCCAUGCUACAGCAGCAAUUAAUGGAUAUGGGUCAAAAUGAGAUGGGGAUGAACACAUUCAGAGGGCAGCCACAUCCUCCUCAGUCUCCAUCAUGGCCAGAGUGUGGCAUGGGCAUGGAGGGACCCCCUAAUGCAAACAGCUUGCCAUUUGGCAACCCCCUGGAUGAUCUGCUUGCUCCUCCAUCCACCACUGAAGGGCAGAGUGACGAGCGAGCUCUGCUUGACCAGCUCGACUCCCUCCUCAACAACACAGACAACCUCGGCCUGGAGGAGAUUGACCGAGCUCUUGGGAUCCCAGACCUUGUUGGCCAGGGUCAAAGCACAGAGCAACCAGCAACUCCUACAGAUGCUUUCCCAGGCCCAUCUCCUGAUUCAUCAAUGAGUAUGGAUCCUAAAGUCAUGUAUGGAGCAGGUUAUCCUGGUCCACCUUCCAUGGGCAUGCAGGGAGGCUAUGGGCCUGGGCCCGGACCUGGUCCUAAUCCUGGUCCUGGUCCUGGUCCUGGUCCUGGUCCUGGCCCGGGCCCCAUGCAGGGCCAUCCGGGACCGGGAUUUAACCCAAUGAUGCAGCAGAUGGGUGCGAUGGUGAACCACCCCCCUGGCAUGAUGCGUCCACGCAUGAUGAACGCUAAGCAGCCACUCAGAAUGCAUCUUCAGCAGAGGCUUCAGGGACAGCAGUUUAUGAACCAGAGCCGGCAGGCCAUGGCGAUGAAAAUGGAGACUGCACCAGUGGCAAACCCUGGAGUGAGGCCUGGCAUGCAGCCUAGGAUACAACCUGGCAUGGGAGGACAGCCUAGUUUUCUGAACGCUCAGAUGUUGGCUCAGCGAAAUCGAGAGAUGAUAACUCAGAUGAGAAGGCGGCAGAUGAUGAUGAUGAUGCAGCAGCAGCAACAGCAGCAGCAGCAGCAGGCCGCAACUGGAGGCUUCAGCCCCCCUCCCAAUGUCACUGCUCCCACUGGCAUGGACACCCCUAUGGGAGGAACAGCCAUGAACCAGCCCGGCCAGCAGCCAUUUAACUAUGGAGGAAACUAUGCUAUGGGCCAGCAGGGUGACCCCUCAUUCAUGGCCACCGGCAACAGCCCACCUAAUAUAAUGGCCGGUCGUAUGGGGGGCCCUCCGAAUCCCAUGAUGCAACAGCACCCUCAGAGCGGGCCCAUGUACCAGUCGGCAGAUAUGAAGGGAUGGGGUCAGGGUGGCAUGCCCAUGAACAAUUCAUACCCGCAGCAGCAGCAGUUCUCCCAGCAGGGGGCACCAGCGCAGUAUGGGGGCAUGAUGAUGAACGGAGCCAUGCAAGGAGGAGUGAAUGGGCCAGGACAGAUGAUGCCAAUGCAAGGGCAGAUGGGAAUGAACCCCAUGGGCAUGGGUCGCAUGCCAUUGGGUCCUGAUCAGAAGUACUGAAGCAGAGUACUGUUGCAGCGAGAGAGUAAAGCAGAGCAGAGUCAUGUCACACCCUGAGCAAACCCUGAGAGCAGACACACAGCACCGCCCAGCUACUGCUGCAAACGGAAAAGCUGGACAUGAGACAGAGGACUCGUCCACAUCACUGUGUUUUAAUACUCACUGAAGCAUUUGAGUGUGCCCCAGAACAGAGUUUGAGCGCAACCCUCUAUCUGCAGCCAAACUCGUGCUCUUAUACGAAGCUGUGUGUGAGUGUAAUGCCAUACUUCACCACCAGAGGGUGUGCUUUUCUCUCGCUGUGGAACUGCCCUGGUGCUGGGUGGGGAUGCACUUUAUCACAAGGCUAAUAAGGAAAAGAAUAUCUGCAAUAUGUCUUGCUCGUUCUAGCCUUAUUUAAAGACUCUAUAUGUUCAGAAAAGACCUUCUUGGUGGUGAGACAUGUUUUAGCAGAAACCUUGUUUUCAGGACAGACUGCUCCAAUUCCACACUAUAUGCAGCUACGAGCAAUAAUCCUCUUCUCUAUGCCAUAUAUGUUAAAAUGGUGCACCAUUAAAAUAACAGAGCAAAAGGUACUGCAGUAUUAAAUGGGCUUUUUGUUUUAUAUGUGAAUAAGAACAGACUUGUACAUGCUGUACGCUCCAAAUGUAUCAUAUGUGCCCUUAUUCUAUACUGUACAUUUUUGCACAGAUUUGGCCUAUGUGAGGUCCAGCAUAUUAUAUUUUAGGUCAAUAUUGCUUUGGGUGUUAAUUCUAUUUUAACUUUCUCAAAGGGAAUACAUUUUUAAAAGAUUUUUAUCUUUUCUGAUCUAGCCUCGUUUUCUUUACAGUAUUGCAGUGAUGACAGCCAUUUGUUUUUGGAGGGCACUUUUUUUUUCUGUGGAAUUGAAACGGAGAAAUCCUGUCUGAUCAAGCAGUUACAUUAAGAAGACAUCAUGGUUUAUGUUUGUGUUUUUAUCUCAUGUACAUUUUAAGGACAUGGUGGUGAAUUUGAAUAAGAUGGUUAUUUGCUCAGCUUUUCUCUGUGAGCUAGCUGUUACUGUCAUUAAUGAUUUCACUUCUAAGCGCUGGGUCUUCAUAAAUCUACCUUUAAAAAAAUUGCACAAUCCAAAGAUAUAGAUAUUUCAUUGCUUUGCUGAAAUUUUAACCUUUCCAGUAGUCUUUUUGUGUGAAUGAACAGAGUGCAAGGUACAUAUCAUAUAAGCUUUUCAUUAUGAUUUUGUACUUCAUGCUGUACCCAACCAAUGUAAAUUCUUUUAUUUCAAGGCCAGUUCAUAGAGAUUUUUUUUUUUUUUUUAAGUAAUAGCAGACAAACAGGCAACAUAUCAGUCUUUUCUCUCCAAGCAUUCUUAAAAUCUUUGGGCAGGAAAUCUUUUAUUUCUUUUGUCUUUUAUUUUCAAGUAGAAUACUUUGGAUCAUGAUGAAAUAUAUUUGGAAAUGAGAAAUCACAAUGUUUGCUUUGAGUCCUGGGCAAGGGUCUGAUUAAUUUAUGUGGACAAGGGAGUGAAUAAGCUGAUGUUCUAUCGGAUGUAAAUCGCAAUACAAUUUAUUCUUUUCCUUGAUGUUGAUAUUGUUGUAAAUAAAAUUUAUAUUUAAACAUGA